UCAGGCUCGGAGCGGGCACCUGCUACAGAAUGAUGGCUGACAACUCCACCAGCGACCUCCAUGCUCCCGGACCGCAACUGAGCGUGACUGACAUCGUGGUUAUCGCUGUCUACUUUGCCCUGAAUGUAGCCGUGGGCAUAUGGUCAUCUUGUCGAGCUAGGAGGAGCACAGUGGACGGCUACUUCCUGGCAGGCCGAGACAUGACGUGGUGGCCAAUUGGAGCCUCCCUGUUCGCCAGCAGUGAAGGUUCUGGCCUCUUUGUUGGACUGGCGGGCUCUGGUGCAGCGGGAGGCCUGGCUGUGGCAGGCUUUGAGUGGAAUGCCACGUACGUGCUGCUGGCGCUGGCGUGGAUAUUCGUGCCCAUUUAUAUUUCCUCAGAGAUUGUCACCUUGCCUGAAUACAUUCAGAAACGUUUUGGAGGCCAGCGCAUCCGCAUGUACCUGUCUGUCCUGUCCCUGCUGCUGUCUGUCUUCACCAAGAUCUCGAUCGACCUGUACGCCGGGGCCCUCUUCGUGCACAUCUGCCUGGGGUGGAACUUUUACCUCUCCACCAUCCUCACGCUUAUCAUUACCGCUCUGUACACCAUUGCAGGGGGCCUGGCCACUGUGAUCUACACGGAUGCCCUGCAGACCAUCAUCAUGGUGGUGGGGGCUGUCAUCCUGGCGAUCAAAGCUUUCGACCAGAUCGGUGGAUAUGGGCAGCUGGAGGCAGCGUAUGCCCAGGCCAUCCCCUCCAAGACCAUCGCCAACACCACCUGCCACCUGCCACGCACAGAUGCCAUGCACAUGUUCCGGGAUCCCUACACAGGGGACCUCCCAUGGACCGGGAUGACCUUCGGCCUGACCAUCAUGGCCACCUGGUACUGGUGCACCGACCAGGUCAUCGUGCAGCGAUCUCUAUCUGCCCGCAACCUGAACCACGCCAAGGCSGGCUCCAUCCUUGCCAGCUACCUCAAGAUGCUGCCCAUGGGCCUGAUGAUCAUGCCAGGCAUGAUCAGCCGUGCACUGUUCCCAGAUGACGUUGGCUGCGUGGUGCCGUCCGAGUGCCUGCGGGCCUGUGGGGUUGAGAUCGGCUGCUCCAACAUCGCCUACCCCAAGCUGGUCAUGGAGCUGAUGCCCAUAGGUCUGCGAGGGCUGAUGAUUGCAGUGAUGAUGGCCGCCCUCAUGUCAUCGCUGACCUCCAUCUUCAACAGCAGCAGCACUCUCUUCACCAUGGACAUCUGGAAGCGGCUGCGGCCCUGGGCUAGCGAGCGGGAGCUGCUGAUGGUGGGACGGCUGGUCAUCGUGGUGCUAAUCGGUGUGAGCGUGGCCUGGAUUCCCAUCCUUCAGGGCUCCAACAGCGGGCAGCUCUUCAUCUACAUGCAGUCUGUGACCAGCUCCCUGGCCCCCCCAGUGACCGCAGUCUUCAUCCUGGGCAUCUUCUGGCCGCGUGCCAAUGAGCAGGGGGCCUUCUGGGGCCUGAUGGCAGGGCUGGUGCUGGGUGCUUUGAGACUGGUGCUAGAAUUCCUGAACCCAGUGCCCCCCUGUGGUGACCCCGACACAMGGCCAGCCAUCCUCAGCAGCAUCCACUACCUGCACUUCGCCAUUGCCCUGUUUGUGCUCACGAGUGCUGUCGUGGCAGCCGGAAGCCUACUGACCUCACCCCCGCAGACUGUUCAGAUUGAGAAUCUUACCUGGUGGACCCUGGCUCGGGAUCUGUCCCUGGCAGCCAAAGCAGGUGACAGCCAACCACACCAGAAACGAACCUUUUGGGCCCGUGUGUGUGGCUUCAACGCCAUCCUGCUCAUGUGCGUCAACAUCUUCUUUUAUGCCUAUUUUGCCUGA